CCCAUUGGCUACGAUGAUUCGUGCAUCAUCCGUUGUUUGGCUUGUUCCCUGCUGCUGCUAGUGGCUAAUGCUAACUAGCGAUGUCCUACACUUUCAAAUAAUACUCUCAAUAUCCUAAGAUAUGACGUAUCGGAUGUACCGCUAAAUACAGCUUCUCCUGUGUAGACUGCUUGACCUGUCAACCAUGAUGCAUGGGAGCCCUACGUCAAGCGCGUGGAGAUGACCUGCCAUCCCAUAGGGCAUGGUCAGGAUGGGGCCAGACGUGCCCCUACUCAAUGAGUACAAGCAGGAGUUCUUCUGGAAGCGAUUCCCCCAGACAGUGUUGGGGGGACCCCGCUUUAAGCUGGGCUACUGCGCCCCGCCGUACGUGUACGUGCACCAGGCCCUGCUGUUCCUCACGCCAUGGCUCUUGGGGGGCGUCGGUACGCUGCUUUACCAGCUGCAGCUGCUCCAGGAGCUCCACGCCGCCGUGCUCUCGGGCCUGCUGAUGUUCGGGGCCGCUGCGGGCAUCCAGGCCCUGGCCGUGUACUCGGCCCGGAGGAGCGGCUCCGUGGAGCGGCUGGGCGCUCCUAACGUCCUGGCCGACGAGGAGGAGGUGGAGUUCACCCACUGCGUCGGCCCAGAGACGGUGCGGUUCAUCGCCCCGGGGAAGCGCUUCGGGCUGAACGUGGUGCUGCACACGGUCCUGGCCGGGGUGCUGUGCGGCUUCGGCACGUGGUACGUGUUCCUGGGCAGAAUGACGGCGCUCUACGGCAGCAUGGGCACGUCCCUGGUGGUGUACAUCGCCAGCUGGGUCACCCUGUGCACGGCGGAGUACUCACUGAUCGUCAACACGGCCACGGAGACGGCCACCUACCAGGCCCAGGACACCUACGAGAUCACCCCGCUCACCCGGCCCAUCUACAUCUUCACCUUCAUCGCCGUCGACCUGGCCGACAGGUUCACAAGCCCGUUUCCUGAGCUUCAGCUGGCCAGUCAGGUCCUCCAUGUGCUCUUCCUCUUCCUGCCUCUGCUGUGGGCCCUGGGGAUGCUGUCCCCGCUUGACGCCCUGCUGCUCUGGGGCAUGGAGCAGACACUGGUGUUCGGCCUGGGCGGCUCGCCCAUGUCCAGCAACCUUAGGCUCCUGGUGAUGUUUGUCGUGUCGGUGGCGGUGGCGGGCUGUAACUUCUUCAUCCCGUCCACGCUGGGCGUGGUCCUCUUCUCCGUGUCCAUGGGGUUCCUUCUGAGCCUGGACCUCAGCCAGAUCUCCACGCUGUGCUGCGCCGGGCCACGCCCUGCCAGCGGGGGCAGCCUGGGGCGGCGCAGAGGGGCGACCCCCUCCCCUCCCGGCUCCUUCGGCUGGCGGCUGGGCUGCAGGGAGGCGCUGCUGUACCUCGGUCUGCUGGCGGCCGCCGUGGCCGAGGCCGGCCUGCUGCACCACUUCCUGGCUGCGGAUCCGCCCCAGAGCCCCGCGGUCACUAGACAGCGGUUGCCCAUCAUCGCCUCCUACCUCCUUCUCUCCCUUUUCCUGCUGUGCUGGGUCCUCGGGGAGAUCCAGGGGGCGUACGUCUGUGGAGGGGUGUUCCUGAACCCCUUCUACCCCAGGGGGAUCUCCAACGUGCAGAGCUUCAUCCAGAGCAGCAGAGGUCUCCACGUCGCGGCGGUCACCCGGAGAGUCCUCCUGAAUCUGGUGUCCCCAUUUGCCAUGAUUGCGUAUCUGUCGACGGACAAGUCUCUCCAGUGGCUCCACACGGCGUCACUCAGUGUGGGAUUCACGCGGGCGUUCAGAGUGGUGUGGCAGAACUCUGAGGAGUCCCUGCUGCAGAUGGCGGUGGUGGUGGCGGUGCGCCUGGCGGCCGGGGAGACGGCCCUACCGGCGUGGGACCGCCUGGGGACGGCCGUCCAGCUGCUGCUGCUGGGUCUGCUGAGCGACAGAGUGGUGCAGUUCCUCUCCAAGCUCAAGUUCUCGCUCGCCGUGCUGGUCACGUCGUGGACGGAGAAGAAGCAGCGGCGGCAGGCGGCGGGCGCCCUGCUGGCCCUCAACGCCUCGCUGAGCCCCCUGCUGCUGGCCGUGGUGGUCCUGUCCGCCCUGCUGGCCGCCCCCCUGCUGCCCCUCUUCACCCUGCCCGUCUUCCUGGUGGGCUUCCCCCGGCCCCAGCGCAGCUGGCCGGGCCAGGUGGGCACGGCGUGCCCCUGCCCCGACUCCAUCUUCUACCAGCAGAUGAGUGGCAGCCUGGCGGUGGCGCUGAGGAGGGGCCUGGCUGGAGGGGCGCUGGGCUCCUUGUCCCCCGGCUCCCACUUCCUGGGCCGCUUCCAGGACCGCAUGGUCUGGAUAAUGAUCCUGGAGCGCGGCUACGGCUACUGCACCGUCAACAUCAAGGGUCUGGAGCUGCAAGAGACCUCGUGCCACACGGUGGAGGCCCGGCGUGUGGACGAGGUGUUCGAGGGCGCCUUCGAGAAGACAGAGCGGCUGGGCUUCACCCAGAGUCUGAACCAGCACUGGGGCAACGCCCUGAUCCCCUGCGCCGCCCUCCCCGUCCGGGUGUACUCCGACGCCCGCAACGUGCUCUCCGGCAUCAUCGACUCCCACGACAACCUGAGGAAGCUCCAGGACGACUUCCUGAAGGCGCUGGUGUUCCUGCUGCUGCGCCACUGUGUGGAGAAGCGACGAGGCUUCGCCUGGAGUACUGAGGAGGGGCCCGGCGUAGGGGGCCGGAAGUCCCAGUCCUCCCAGCCCGCCCAGUCCACGGGCAAUCAGCGCGUGGAGACGGUCAUAGUGGAGUCCAAUGUGUCCUCUCUGAAGCUGAGGCAGGACAGCUCCAGCCUGACCUCCUUUGGAGACUGGUCGGAUGAAGACGACUUGUUCGGGCCCCAACAGCCCAGGCGGACGGUGGCCCUGGUGAGCACGGAGGCCCAGCCGGGUCAGGCCCCGCUGCCGACUGGCCCCUCCCUGCCGGGCUCUGUGGAGAUGGACAGCCUGUUUGAGAACAUGGCCCUCUCAGCCCUGCAGCCGCUGCAGCCCCUGGGCCUGGGGCUGGGGCUGCCGGCGGUGGACAAGGGCCCGGGGGCCAAGGUCUUCGCCGAGAGCUCCGGCGCCCUCCCUCCCCUCCACUUCAGCUGCCCCGGGUCAGAGGCGUUCAACCUGCCCUCGGGCUGGAGGACCGCCCCUCUGCUGCCGUCCCGUCUGCAGCAGCUCCGGCACCUCUUCCCCGAGGAGUGGUUCCGGUUCAGCCUGGGACGGUUCGCCGAGGCGGCGCAGGGCGUGGCCGGCGACGCCCCGACCAAGGCCCUGCAGGAGGACCGGGUCCUGAGGGAGCUGCAUGCCCUGGCGGCCCUGUCCUGCGUGGUGUCCUUGGGCGCCGAGGCCUCCUUCACCAGCCCCAGCUACGUGUACCGCCUCUACUGCGGAGACGUGCCCUGGACGGACGGCCUGGACUGGCUCUCGGCCAGGAAGGACCUUUAUCACCUCACUCUCAAGGCGUUCAGGUUUGGUUUUAAGCUGCUCUUUGAUCAGGCCAGCCUGGGGCCCGUGGAAAGCCCUGAGGAAUUGUUCAGCACCUUGGAGGAAUAUGAAAGGGAUUGGUACAUCGGUGUGGGAGCGGAGCGGGGCUGGCACGACAGCGUCCUUCAGGAGAAGCCCUACCUCUUCUCUCUAGGACAUGACCUCACAAUGGGUACCUACACGGGCCGGGUGCUGUCGCUGCAGGACCAGCUGGUGCAGCUGGGGCGUCUGAACGGCGAAGGGGUCCGCGGCCAGUGGGCCAACCUCUCCUGGGAGCUGCUGUACGCCACCAACGACGACGAGGAGCGCUACAGCAUCCAGGCCCACCCCGUCAUGCUGAGGAACCUCACGGUGCAGGCGGCCGACCCCCCCCUGGGGUACCCCAUCUACUCGUCUGCCCCGCUGCACCUCCCCUGCCUGUGACCCCCCCCCCGCUGCUCCCCACCUACACCAACACAUCACCCUUCAUCCCCACAUCGCUGUACACAGAAGCAUCUCUCUGUUAAUCAAACAAUCAAUCUUUAUUUAUUUGUCACUUUUUGGGAAGAACAUACAACUGAACACGUACAACUGUCAGGUCUCAAGUAGGAGCAGUUGAAAGGAAGGUGCAAAAAUACACACUACCGAGAAGAAAUCGAAGCUAAGUAUAUGUGUUUUUUAGAUGUUGUAUGACGUGGUUUAAAAAGGUUUCCAGAUUGUGAAGGCCUCUGUUCCUCUGGAUGGCCGUCAUAACCCGCAUCGCAAGAGAGUGAUUGGAGUCACCCCCCUGCUGAAGACAAGGAAGGGAAACGCACAACAUUUGACUGACGCUAACUUGCCCAUUUAAAGUGUAAUCCAAGUCUAAAGUCUAAGCCUCAAGUGGAUUAGCUAUGACCUGUCUCGGAGCGGAUGCUCAUGUUGUUUUGAUGCCGGUGUGCCAAUAUACAUUAACUAUCAGUAAUCAUUUGCAAAUCCUCAUCCAACAAUGCAUUAAGCACAGCGCCCAGAUCAGCCUAUGGCCUUGAAAGACACACUGGCAUCGACAUUCUGGUAAAAAGAUAUCAACAUCGAUUUGAGAGUUGAGGAAGUAAAGCACAUACCCAGCCGUCUUCGCUUUUAUAUCAUGUAUCAAUGCCAAGGAUGGGUAUCCACUAAAGCACAAACAUUUGUAUUUAGUUAUUUUUAAGUAUUCCUUUGCUUCCAAGAAAUGAGCCUACUAGCCCAGAUUGAGACACAUGUUUCAUACGCUUCUCAGAAUUUCAGGUCUACCAUUAGAUGUCCACUCAAAAGGGACAUCAUUCUUUUGCUGUACGUAGGAAAUGUUCAACUCAAGGCUGUGCCUUGUUUUUUUUGUAACGUCAUAUGUAAUGUGCUUAUGGUAAUACUUGCCGUUCUGUUUACAGUUUACUUGUUUACAACCCUAGAAUGAAGUUAUUUGGAUUUCCCAUGGUUUGUUGUAUAUACGUUUGGUUUUACCUGUGUAAAUGUAUAUACUUCUAAUAAAAUGGCUUGAUAAACCCUG